AUGCUCAUAAACGGAGAAAAGUUCGCCUGCGAGGCCUGUGUGAGAGGCCAUCGUGUCAGCUCCUGUCACCAUCAGGACCGUCCUCUCGUCCAUGUGAACAAGAAGGGUCGACCAGUGUCGCAGUGUCAACACUGCCGAGGCCUGCGAAAGGCUCGUUCUCAACAUGUCAAAUGCGAAUGCCAUGACAAGGCGCAUGCGAAAGAGGAGUGCCCGCAUGAAAAACCUGGUGGUGUGAAGACCGAAUCAAACACCUGCUGCUGCCAACAUGGCCAGCGCUGUACUUGUUCCUUGAAAAAGGACCUCGACACCGUCCCCGAAGACCUCGCGCGGCUGACGCAAGCGAAGGACAGCCCUAAACCGCGUCCAAACCACAAUUCGCACGAUCCCAAAACUACAAUCUUCACCAAUGGUCAUCAUAAGCCUGUGCACAAAUUCAACGAUGCUCAUAACCAGCUUGGUGCUCCUUACAAGAUUCCCUCACGAUCGAAUUCCCUUCACGGGCAUCGGGAGAUCGCCCAAAGAUCGACAGAUAAUCUCUUGCUCACCAAAUCUACACGACCUCACCAUGAGUCACCAUUACACCAUUCCAUCACCGAUGCGAUGGCCAUGUUAGAACGCAAAGCAAGAUCAGAACACAACUCGCCAAUACUUGGCCCUCAGAAAUACUCUCAGCCACCCCUACAAGACCUCAACCUUCCUCGCUUUGAUCCCUCUGCCUAUUCUUAUUCGCCGUUUGGCACCGAGACCCCUCCUACUCAGACAAACAGCCUACAAGGCAGUCACAAUGCAAGUCAAUCCGACUUGACCUUGCCAGAACAGUUUCCCGAGAGCUGGUUCAUGACCUACGAACAAGCACACGACUACGACCCGCCUAAAUACAGCGACAUAGCCUCGGUUGACUGGUCAACAUUCAACCUCGACAAUCUUGACAACAGUGGCAACAUCAACAAUAUGAGCAACAAUGCCAGCAAUAAUUUCUACAAUGCGGGUUCGUUUGAUGCUUUCGGUCAACCACAACAAUCGAACCAUCUGGCUUUUGAUCUGGCGAAACAGAUCAACCGGGUUGGGUUGAACUCUUCAAAUGGGGAUGUGUCCGAGGUGGAAGACCAAUCUCCACCAUCAAGUCGCUGGACCAGCGACCAAAAAUCGGCGUCGGUCGAGGCCAAACCGAACCCAGACGCAUUCAACGAUUUCAGUAGUGCUGGAGGGGACGACGCCUCCGAUAGAUAUAGGUUGUCCUCAGCAUCCUCGUAUUAUGGCACACCUCAAACCAACAUGUUGGCUACUGAAUAUCUUGGAGGCCUCGAUAUUGACGACUAUCUGAAACGAGCUGAGGCGGAGACAAGGCGUCUACAGAGCAUUCAAAUGCAGCAACAAAUGGCACAGAUGCAAAUGGCAUCUCCAGAUCCAUCUCAGGGGCAAUCAAGGAUGUCCAGUGUAAGCCGGGGCAUGACUCCGAGCGUGUCGACACCUGGCAGUGCUGGAAAUGGGGAACACCCUUAUACGAUACGAGAAGCACAGAUGUACGCGCACAUGGACAUUGUUCCUGGUGCGCAUACAACUCAGGAGAGACCUCCUAUGCCCGCCACCAGCAUCGCCCAAGAUCCGUCAUGGUCAGUGGCGCCAGACAUGUCGAAUCCCGAAUUAUCGUUGGACGGCGAUGAGCGAGAGGAUGAAGACUGGGUUCGGUGA